AUGGUCCCUCCGUUGAAGUUUGCUACAUUCAACCGAGUUGCAUCGUCUAUGCUUGUGGUUUUGUUUCUGAGUUAUGCCGUUGAUUUUUGAUUACUGUGAUCUGAUAAAAAGUGUUUGCGACGAGCUUCCAGAGGAGCGUCGAGGGUGCUACACGCUGAAGCCCGCUGGCGACUUGUGACGACAAGGCCCCGCGGUUUAUACUUCGUGAGAGCUGGACUCGAAACAUUGCGACGGCGCGCAAACCUCAACGACUAGUAACCACUAAUUAGCAAAUCGCACAACUAGUAUUCCAACCUGCCUCUGGACCGUUGAACGGCCCGUAGCCCAACAUGGCUUCGGUCGCAUCCGUCUCGCCCUCGGAAAAUAGCUUCCAACGGGCCGAGUCCACAGACGACUCGGAGCACUCUUGGCAGCGUGUCGACUCAAACCUGGCAUCCGUCGGUUUAUUUCCCAGUCCCGCCAGUGGAAGUUUGAAAAGCUGGGCUGUAGUCGGACAUCCGAACCAAGUUGAGCACUCGCCACAGGCCGUAUCGCCGCUACGGCUGGAUACGGAUAGUCAACAUGUUUUCGCGACCUCGUUCCCGGACCAGACCGAUGCGUCCAUGAUGGCAACGGCGGGGAUGGACGGUCAAUUCAUGGCGGGCUUUGGAAUUGGACAGCAACAGUUUGUUGGACAGCAGCAGUUUGUUGGGGGCCAGGACUCCAUAUUUACGGACUCGUUUAACCCUCUCGAUAUAUCGCCGUAUUACAAAGAGGCGUUUUCAGGCAACAUGGGAAACGUGUCGGGCCUGGAAGCAUUCGACAUGUUCCGUCAGCCCAUCGACCUGGGUAUACCACAGCAGUUCCGACGCGGCAGCGAUGUGCCUCCGUGGGACCCUACCAACUUCAAAAACAACGAACCAACCUUCAUCACGUCUCAAUUCACCGCGUCUAGCCCUUCCAAACCCUCACCCCCGAGCUCCCAUCCGUCAUCGAGUCCGCGGUCUCCAGAUGUCAAGCUGGAACAAGGCAAGGCGCCGAGCCCUAUGCGCAAGGUCAAGGGCACGGGCAAGAUCGAGAAGAAAAAGCCCGCCGAGCCGAUGAACAAGUUUGUUAUCAUGACCCCGGGCCUUAUCAAUGCUUCUGCUGGGAAGCCAAACCCGUUUGAGUGUUUCCAAGCGAUGCGGCCGAGCCAGAAGGGGAGAAAGGGGCCGUUGGCCAAUGAGAUUAAGCAGAAUGCUCUUCAGGUGAGGAGACUGGGCGCAUGUUUCUGCUGUCAUAGCCGGAAAGUCAAGUGCGACAAAGAGAGGCCAUGCAGGAACUGCAAGAAACUUACCGUGCAAGUCCCCCAGAUCAUGUGCUGGCAAUUCCAGGACUUCCUACCCGUGCUCUUCCCUGACUUCAUUCGUGGACACUUCAAGAAAGACCAGAUGAUCAAGUUCACAAGCGACAACAUCGCCGGCUUCACUGUCGACGGAGCGGAGAAGACCUGUCAAGUUGAGCUCUUCUCUGGCACGCGGUUCCAGAGCACACUUACUCUCCGAGCCAACUUUUUCACGGCAAAGGGUCCGGAUGCCCUUCAACAUUGGCAUUUGAACGUCGGGGUAAACCAAAUCGACUUAGAAUCUAGGGGAUCCGCGCCGAUCGGGGUCGACAUGGACAACAGCCAACGUAAAGAGGAACUGAGGAAACGAACCAGAGAAUACAUCCAGUCGAUUACCUUGGAGCCACAAUACGCCGAGCAAGUCACCGACGCAUUCCGACACACGGAGCUUCCGCGCAAGAUCCUCAAGAUCGUGCAAAGAUAUGGUCAACGCUCAGAUUCCCCUAUGGUCAAAAAAGCCCUCUCCAUCUACGCAAUGCAAUACGUCCUAACCCGUCACCUCUGCAUAACCUACGCCUCCAUCCUCACACUCCGGGAAACCAACCUCGUCCCCCAAAACAUCCCCUGGGUCACCCCGCGCGUCCUGAACCGUCAAAUCAAAUCUCUCAUCGACGAGAUCCUCCUGAAGGAUAUGCAAUCUCUUUUCGACUCUUUCUCGCGCUCGCUCAAACCCAAAUCCCGGCGCGAGUGGGCCCCCUGUCUAGCCUCCUUCCUGGUCCUCUGUCUCUUCAUGGAGGCUGUAGAGACGGCAACUGACACCUUUGUCAUUUCGCAGAACGAAAUCAGUAUUCGGAAUCGGAGAAAGCCGGAGUGCAAGCGGGAUUUCGCCCUGGGGUUGUGUAAGGAGGUCGAGAAUUUGCCGUUCAAGCAGUUUGCGUAUCAGUUUCAUCAGAUCUAUCAGACACACAGUCGGGAUGCAUUCGUGAGGGCUUUUAAUCCGCUUGUGGGCGAGGGGUGCGAUGUGCAGGAGGGGGAGUUGGAUGCGGCUGCGGGAGAGAUGGUUAGGGCGUUGAGGGAGUUGCUUGAGGGAGAUUCAUACUACGAACUCGACUUCCUGGUUGCUGACCCCAUUCUGCCGAAUCAGGAGCACCACCCGUUUCCAAGGGAUGUGUCGUUUAACUAUACGGGGCGUUUACUGGCGAGGUUUCUGUUGUCGUUCAUGGAUGAGAAGUAUCUGUUCGACGGCCAGUUUUGAGUCACGGGGUUCUUUGGAUUUCGUUUGUGUUAUAUAGCAGGCGGUGAUGAUGAUCUUUGGCAAAUACCCUGGGAUGCGUGUAUGAGGUUACAUGAAGGAAUGACCACGUUAUGAACGCUCUUUUGUUUGACCAAGGGAUUUUUAUCAUGAGCUCAGUGGUCUCUAGUCGUAUGCCAUCUACUUGAACUGAUAUGCUACAUGUCAUGAACCCCGUUUGCCCCAUAAAGUCUAUAUACUAGAAGUAAAUCUUGGCCGUUCUCUUAGACACAGAAUGUCGGGGGAUAAAGGAAGUGGGCAGAGCCUCGUUACGA